UCAAAAUCGCGGCAACUUCGAGUUCAAGCCGGGUGUUCAAAAAAUAGCUUUCGCCAUCUACAAAGCAAGACCAUAACAGUUUAUAAUAAAAUACCAUCGCUCACAAAUUUAUAGCUACAUAACAUGAACUCCCGAAGAAGUAAUAAUGCGACAAGGAGAAAGCAAGGAUCAGCUGCAAUAAAAUGUGAACCUGCCACUCGUAAAUGUAACAGCUCAGUCACAUCAAGAUUGAUGAAAGAACUUUCUGAAAUUAUGCUUUCUACCGACAAGUCUGUCACAGCAUUCCCAGAUGAAGAAAAUACUUUUCAAUGGUUAGGAAAGAUUAAAGGACCUGUUGAUUCGGUAUAUGAAGGAUUAGCCUAUAAAAUGAAGUUGGUAUUUCCUGAAAAUUAUCCUUAUGAUGCACCAACCAUAACAUUUGUAACACCAUGUUUUCAUCCUAAUGUUGAUACGCAUGGAAAUAUUUGUUUAGAUACAUUAAAAGAAAGGUGGUCCUCAUGUAACAGUGUUUUAUCAAUAUUAUUGUCAAUUCAGAGUCUUCUUCAAGAUCCUAACGUUGAUAGUCCACUGAAUGUGCAAGCUGCAAAACUAUGGUCUGAACAAGCAGAAUACAAAGAGGUACUUUGGAGUCAUUCCACUGAAGCACAAGAAGUCUUCAAAGAGUAACAGUUCUUUUAACAUUUUAUCAUAGAAUAAUGCAAACCUAUAUAUCCAUAAUGAAUAUAAUUAUACACGUUAAUUUUAGAAAUUUUCACGGAAAAAAUUCAGUAAAUUCGCACAAUAUUAAGGUCUUUUUAGAAACCUCGAAAAUAAUUUUUAUCUGGUUCUUAUUCUUCCUUCGAAAUUAAAGAUUUUUUUUUCUGCCAAAAUUUCAGUUUGUGGUCAUCCCCGCGAAAUUUCUUAGGUGAAAUAAUAUUCAAUUAUGUUUCGUUUGCUAAAAAUUUUCUCCUUCAACAGAGUUUCACUCCUGUGAUCUGAAAAAUAAUGGGAACCUUGAUAAAAUGACUGACCUUUUAUAAAUAUACAAAAUUUAUGAGGUAUUUUGUGUUUCAUUAACUGUCCUAGAAUCAGGCAGGUUGGGUGGGCGGUGGUUGCAUUAAUCAUGAAGUGUAUGCUUCCGUUGUUUAUUUUUUCUUCAACAAUGCUUGAGGUGUAUCAUUAUUGCGUGUACAAAAUGUAUUUUUAUAGUUAGCGUAAUAAAUCUAUUUAUAAAAUC